CUGUGGUUGAAACUCGCAUGCGCACGUCGGAAAGGGAUAUCACGGAGCAUGGAGGUUACUUACAAAGCAAAACUAUGAUCCGAAGGGCUCCAACACGUAUUGAGCUGAAGCUCGAAGACUUACAAGAAUUUGAAGCUGCGCGACGGGAGAUGGAAGUUCGACGCCAGGAGCAAGGUGCCUCCUCGUCGUCUUCAGUGGAUGCUACCACACCACUUGGCUCCAGCCCACCUGGUGGACUUUGGGCACCAGCCGCACCUAAUGCCAAAAGGACAUAUCGAACAACGAGGGUUGUCGGCUUCCUGCCACAGCCGCACUUUACAUAAUACUGACACAUUUGUGAUGUUUGGAUCUAGUUCCACUGUUGAGCCUUUUCACUUCAUCGCAAGUUUAACAUCAGAUAACUCUUUGGAAGAGCUCUGUAUCAUACGUAAUUGUUUCCAUAUAUCCAGUACACCACAAUGUUACUAAUCUUUAAAUAAAAUUUCUAUAUUGUGA